UAGAGGACAGCUCGUGUUUCCGGCCACUAGGGAAAGAAUAUAAAAGGGAAUUUACUGGGAAGAUCAAAUCUUUUUCCGUUCGAUACUAGUGUCUAGUGUUGUUAGAUGAAAAUUUUUAAUUUCAUAUCUCAUUUUUACAAAAAAUUACUAUUUGGUCAUAAACAUCUCUACUACUAAAUAUUAAUUGAUUUAUUAUCACAUAAUGCUAUAGAAUCAUAUAUUACACACGUUUAAAUUUAUAAAUUAGUUUAUAUUUGUACAUUAUUAAAUUUGUUCGCCGAUCUUACUUUGUUAAUAAUUUCUAAGAAAAAGAAAAACUUAACAGACAUUUCCACAACAAAGAUCACCGAUGCUCUUUGGAUGUUUUUUAAUAUAAGAUAGUUAUUUUGUAUUAAUCUCAAAUAUAAUAUAAAAAUACAUUUAUUAUAAAUAAUUCAACAUGGCCACACCUUUGAAUGUUCUCGAUGGACUUACAUUGAAUGAUUUACUGUCUCCAGAAGGUUUCACCUUUGAGAUUGGAGAUGAAUAUAUACAGAAAGAAGAAGAGAAUAAUUGUUCAUAUGAUUCAAAUGUAUUCUUGUCAAACGAUGAAAUAAUCGAUAUGCUUAAUAUAGAUAAUUUAAAAAAUGAAGAGACUGAAGAUUACGAAAGUGCAGUUACCAAUGUCAUCGGAAUAAGCUUUGCGAAAUUGAAAUCUAAAAUGAUACCAGUAACAGAAGAUAAAAAGAUCAUGAAAUUGAUUAAAAGAAAAGGAGCUGGUGCAAUGGUAUCAUUCAAAUCUCAGGUCACAAUUAAAUAUAUAAGUUUCUUUGAAUAUAGCGAUGAACCUUUUGAUUCGACAUUUGCACAAGGGAAACCAAAAACUAUUCGCCUUGAUCAUGGCCUAUUAAUUCCUGGAUUAGAAUUAGCACUAACCACUAUGGAAAAACAUGAGAUUUCUAUUUUUAUUAUUCAUCCUGAUCUUGCAUAUGGACGAUUAGGAUGUCCACCUCGAAUUUUACCCAAUACAGAAGUUAUGUUUAUUGUUCAUCUAGUUGAUUUCCUCGACAUUGGAUCAGCAGAUACUUACAUUACUUUAAGCGUGGAUGAAAAAAAAUUACUUCCUAAUAUUAUUAAAUGUGUUAACGAUUUGCUUAAUUCAGCAAAACAUUAUUUUAAAAAAAUGGCAUACAAAACUUCCAUACGAGAAUACCAGAAAGCAAUACGUUUGUUGGAAGAUGCUGAAUUAAAAGAUGAUAACGAAGAGGAAGAAGUUAAAAGACUACUUUCCAGAUCUUACAAUAAUCUUGCAAUAUGUUUUAAUAAAAUUGAUAUGCCACGUCGUGCAUGCAUGGCUUGCAUCAAAGUUCCUGUGCCUACUGUUAAAACUUACUUUAAUCAUGGUAAGGCACUGAUUAAAAUAGGAGAAUAUACAAAAGGCUUAAAAAAGUUGGAAUUCGCAUAUAAAAUGGAACCAAAAGAUAAAAAUAUUUACCGAGAAAUUUGUUUGGCAAAUCAAAAAUACAAUCAGUAUUAUCAAAUGGAAAAAACUUUAUGGUCCAAUUGUUUGAAUAUUUCUGGAAAAGAGAAACAUGAAAUUGAGUUUCAAAAAGCAGCUCAUGAAAUGUGUAAAGUUUUCGCUGAAGAUAAUUAUCUAUCCAGUCAACCAUUUCCUGAAGGAUUAACGCAAGAAGAAGAGAAUUAUAUACGCGAACAAGCAGCUGCAUUAGGUCUUAAUGUUGUUAAUCAGAUUAAAUAUAACAAGAAAAUAUUAUAUUUAACUAAAAAAAUAUAUUAGUUACGAUUAUCUGCUUAGUUUUAAAGAAAUUCAUUUUAGACAAGCAUUCAUUUUAGUUUAAGCAGAAAAAACCAUUUAAAAAACUGAAAAUUAUCUAUUUUUUGAUAUUGUUUUUUUCAAAUAAAAAAGAUUGUAU